AAGGUGGCCUACUGAAAAGAAGGAUGAAACCUACUGCAGACAAUGCAUUUAUCUUGUUUGGUGAAUUUCUUGAAGAAGAACUAAAAAAAACAAACAAAAUUCCAGUGGAAGAAUUCCGUGAGGCUGUUGGCGAAAAGAACGUUUCCGAUCUCUAUAAUGCGUUAAAACUCCAUCGCAGAUGUCGUAAGGACUCAGACCAAGAAGUGAAAAAGGCUGCGUCGGGAAUAAUAUGUAUGCUGACGGAGUGGUUCCCACAAUUUUCCGAUUGGCGUGAGCUGGUGAAAGACGAUGAACAGAGUGAAGUCGAAAAAGUGAUAAAAGAAUUUUCGAAAAUAAAAAAGCCAAGUAUACCACCACGUGUGGCUCUUCCCCCGCCAUCAUUAUAUUUUGAUCGUGACGUCACCCGUUUACUCAAAAUGUUUCGCACUUCAUUGACCGAAGGACUUCCCACUUCAAGUAUUCCGUCAUUACUGAAUCAUUAUGGUCCAAAUAAAAUCCCGGAGCCGCCUAAACCAUCUAUUUUCAAUAUGAUAUUUAACCAAUUGAAGGACUUCAUGGUCCUCAUUUUGUUGGCCGCCACAAUUGUCUCUGCGGCCGAAUCCGAUUUCAAGGGAAUGGGUGUGUUGCUUGUCGUCAUCGUGCUUAAUACCAUUAUUGGGUUUACUCAGGAAUACAAGGCCACUAAGGCCUUAGAAGCUUUACAAAAACUAUCGGUUCCUAAGGCACGAGUAAUUCGGGAUGGUCAACAGUUGGAGAUUGAUUCUUCUCAACUUGUUCCAGGUGAUAUUGUAGUAUUAGAAGAGGGUGAGGCCGUUCCCGCAGAUGUAAGAAUCGUAGAAUGUUCGCAUCUGGAAGUGAUCGAGUCAGCACUUACUGGUGAAAGUCUUUCGGUAUCAAAGAGCGUGAAGAAGAUUUGGACAAAUGUGGGUGAUUGUAAGGGCAAUGCAUUUAUGUCAACUGUGGUUUUCAAGGGUCGAGGCAAAGGUCUUGUUGUCAGAACUGGCAGUGAUACGGAAAUUGGUAAGAUUAGUGCUGCCAUCUCCUCGUCCAAAAAGGUUACAACACCGAUUCAACGUAAAUUGACAAAACUUGGAAAAUUUCUCGUUGUUCUCGCAAUAUUUUUGUGCAUUCUCGUCAUAAUUAUCGGAAUCGCAUAUAAACAUAGCGUGAAAGAUAUGAUUUCUAUUGGCAUAAGUUUGGCAGUAUCGGUCAUUCCGGAAGGUUUGGUAGCGGUGACCACAGUAACAAUGGCUAUAGGUGUUCGUCGUAUGGCAAAACGUAGUGCCAUCGUGAGAACCCUACCUACCGUAGAAACGUUAGGGAGUGUCACUGUAAUAUGUUCCGAUAAGACUGGCACACUGACCGAAGGAAAGAUGGGACCAUGUGAACUUUGGACAGCUGACGACACACAUUAUUCAUUUACUGAGCCAACAUCCUUGAAUCCGAGCGAGGGUAAAAUAGUUACCUAUCCUCGAGAGUAUUAUUGUAAAAGGCUUUUCAAAACACGUUCCGAGAAAUCGCAGUCAAAAAACGAGAAGGUUGAUUACACAACGUUCGAAUCACAUGAAAUUCCGAAAAAACUAGAAGACGCGCCAGCGCAUCUGAUAGCGGCAAUGAUGAUUGCAUCUUUGUGUAAUAACUCUUCUGUCAUAAGAAAAGAUGGAACCGAAGAUGAGUGGAAAGGAAUAGGCGAUCCAACAGAGGUCGUUGCUUUGGUGCUCGCGGCUCAAAAAGGAGGCUUCUCAAGAAAUUAUUGGGAAACAGAGUAUGGGUUCUCGAAAUUUAAUGAGAAACCCUUUGAUAGCGAACGUAAACUUAUGAGCGUAGUGUACACAAACACAUUAGAACAAUUUAAGCAAAUGAAAUUUGUUUUGGUUAAGGGCGCACCUGAAGAACUACUUAGCAAAUGCACACGUUGCCUACCUAACGUGUUGACAUCAAAAGUGGACGCACCGUUCGACAUAAUUCUUGGAGAGAAGGAGAAUUGUAAACCAUGUGAAUUGACGGAGAAAUUUGUUGAAGACGUAUCAGAACAAAGCUCGAGAAUGGCAUCACAAGGUUUAAGGGUCCUUGGGUUGGCAUUCAAAUUAGCUUAUGAAGAUGAGUUUCCUCUCUUCUCUUCUGAUGUGGAUGAAGACAUUAAAGAAGCGAAAGAUGUCACCUCUCCUGAAUCGCCAUCAAUGAACCCACUGUUUGCAGAAAAGGAUUUAACAUUUGUUGGAUUGAUUGGGCUGAUAGAUCCACCAAAAAAAUCUGUUGCGGAAUCUGUUCGAAAAUGUAAGGAAGCAGGAAUCCGUGUUAUUAUGAUUACUGGCGAUCAUGCUGCUACAGCUACCGCAAUAGCGACAGAUAUCGGUAUAAUGGAGCCCGAAGCACCACAUAUGAACCGUGUAAUUCGUGGUGCAGAAGUUGAUCUUCUAUCAGAUGAGGCUAUCGCACAAUUAAAUCCAUUUCCUAAUAUUUUUGCGCGUGUCAGUCCGGAUAACAAAUUAAGAAUUGUCAAGGCUUUACAGAAUCUCGGUAACUCGGUGGCUAUGACCGGAGAUGGUGUCAACGAUGCACCGGCGAUUAAGGCCGCAGAUGUCGGUGUCGCGAUGGGGAUUAGUGGUACCGAGAUCACAAAACAAGCUGCGGACAUUGUCCUCGCCAAUGAUGAUUUCUCAACCAUAGUUGCAGCGGUUGAGGAAGGGAGACAAGUGUUUGAUAAUAUUCUCAAAUUUAUUGUGUAUCUCUUAAGUUGUAACGGAGCCGAGAUCGUUUUGAUGUUGCUUUGCGCAAUCAUCAAUGUAGAAUUACCUUUUACAACCAUAAUGAUUUUGUUUGCCAAUAUAAUCGCUGAUGUUCCACCCGCAAUAUCUCUUGGCAUCGAACCAGCCGAAGGCGAUCUCAUGAAAAGAAAACCACGUGAUCCGGGUUCUGGCGUGCUCAACGCGUACACAACGUCAAUAUUGAUAAUGCAAACAUUUGUGAUGGCCAUGGCAACAUUUGGUUUAUAUGAGAUCGCACUGAAUAUUGAGAAAAUUCCAUUAGAAGAUUCUAGAUCAUUGGCAUUUGCCACAUUAACCACCAUGCAGUUGUUUCAAGGGUUCCUGUCUAGAACACUAAAUGAGAGUGUGUUUAGGACCGGAUUUUUCGGAAACAAGUGGAUGGUUGGAAGCGUAUUUGGAUCUUUUAUCACACUGGCGAUUGGUAUCUAUGUGCCAGGUAUUAGGGAAUGGUUUACACUUACACCCAUCCCAGCUUUUGGAUGGGCAAAAAUUUCAAUAUGUCUUGCCAUCCAGUCAAUGUUUAGUGAAAUUGGUAAAAUGUUCGGACGAAGGAUUAGAGAUAAGGAGAUUGACAAUGAGUUACAAUUUUGA